AUGGGAAGCUUCCCCUCGAUCCAAUGUCGAGAUGAGCGUCGCCGCUCUAACCGUCUGUCAAAGCCACCCAUUGGUAAAUCAAAACCAUCUUCGGGUUCGACCAGUCCCAGUUUGCCAUGUCCAGCAUCAAAUUCUGUCUCCCCAGUAUUACCUGGUCCUGCUGUAUGGCGUGAUCCAUGGAACGAAACAUCGAUCCCUAUAGAUCCCUCGGACCUUGAGUCCAAUGCACAGCGGGCUCAGUCAUUGCCCUCUGUCACUUUUCAGUCCGAACCACGCCGGCUCUCCAGCACCGUGAACAGCAGAAGCGACUCCAUUGUUGAAGAGGAAGACGAUCAAUUUUUCCCAUCGCCUGGUUCCAGUUCGAAUGAGACUUCCUUGACUAGGAAAGCUUCUUUUCGCCCGAUAACUUUACAGGGUUCUCUCCGGUCCCGGCCAAGCCUGAGGCAGCCAAAGAGAUCUUAUUCGGUCCACUCGUCUCCACGCAGGACCAAUAGUGCCAUCUAUGAAAGUUCCCUGGAAGAGGCCUCGUCUUCGAACACCCAUUUCAUGGUGGAUAACCAACGGUUCUCCCUUACUCGCCGACGCUCCCUUUUAACACGACCAGGAGUCGCCACCAGACGAUCUACACAAAAGACAGCCCAAGGAGCUUCUUCUCCGGUUGACCAUGAAAUGAAGGUCCCGUCUAAGUAUCCGGCUGAAGCGUCAAUUAUAGCGCAGAGAGUUGAUUACGGAGAACUCUUGACACCUUCACCCCCCUUUGCCCAGUGUGCUCGGCCUUCAACAUCAGGAAGCGAUCUUGAAUAUACGCAUUUGGGGGCUCUCAAAUUAGGGUCACUACGAGUGGUCAAUGGCUCCGUUUCCCCUUGCCCUAGUGAUCGGGUCCCUGUGGACGUACCCCGUAGUACGACAUCCGAACUCAGGGUGGGCUGUAGACCUGCUUUGACCGAGGCAGAAGAGGCAGAAGAGGCAGUUGUUGGAAUGACAAGAAACAGGCUCUCUACGUCUAUGCUGCACAUUCCAGCCUUGGAUUCUGACCCCAGCAAACAAGAUGACGUACCAGGAAGUCCCUUUUCAUUCGAGAAAUCCCCUACCAUUGCAAUCCCUGAGGAGCAAUUGUUAUUCGCAGAGGAAACGGGUGAUGAGGCCAUAUUCAUGUCGGAAGAUGAGGAAAAUAUGGGCAGUGAUCAGCCGGAGCAGGUUACUUUGGAGGGUAUUUCUGAGAAAAGACCUCUACCCUCCCUCAGUAAAGCGGACAGCGGCUAUAGCUCCGCGACAUCCAUCCGUUCUUUGCGAAAGACCCGGUCUGGAUCACAGCGCCCCAGAGACCUUGGGGCGUGCGACAAUCAAGCCUUUUUCGAGCUGAGCAACAAGCUUGCCUUACAACGCCACCUAAGCCUCCGCGGACAAAACUUUGACCCACGAAUACGUUAUAGUGCUUUCCCUGAGUCUCCUGAGUACCCUACAGGCAUGUCUACUAUGUGCCAUGACAUGCAGCAGAUGCAACUUGACGGGCGUAUACGGAGUGCCUCAUUUGCGACCUAUCCGGGUUCUAGCUGUGCUACAUCUCUCCAUCAAGCCCCGUCAGCUAACUUUGACUUUCCUGCGACGGAAAAGUUAUUUACUCAAAAGCGCCGAAUAGAGGGCGCUACCAACCCCCCCUAUAGAACCCAAUGCCCUGAUGUCAUCCGAGCCCCUCGCCACUCCAAGAAAAGCCCCAGUUUCGAAAUGGGCUUCGAUGAUAGAUCGUAUAGGAACAGAGCUCACACAUCAGCUUCUGGAUCUAGGUCUGCCAGGAAAAACUUUUCAGUCAUGGCUAAGGAACGAGGCUCGCCCAUCAGCAGCAAGUAUCCUACUGGAACUCGAAUGAAGAGAUUGGGCAUUGAAAUUCCUUCCCUACCGACAUUCUCCAUACCAGAAAAGGCAGAGGAUACUCCAGAAGGAGAUGUCGGGAAUCUUGGGACUGAUGUGCCUCGAGGCAGAACCAGAAGUUGGAGCAUCGAGCGCCAGCAUUACCCGUCGAAAAAGCUACAAAAACGUUCAAGCGCUUACAAGGCGCCAUCGCCAUUCAUAUUUCAUUGA